AUGGGAUGGAAUACCUACAAUGCUUACAAUUGUAACCCUUCCGAACAGAAGGUCAAAUUGAAUGCGCAGGGUCUCAUCGAUCUUGGACUCAACAAGCUCGGCUAUAACAUCGUCACGCCGGAUUGCGGCUGGAAUGCUCGGUCGCGGGAUAGCACGAAUAAGUUGCAGUGGAACGCGACUUUGUUCCCCUCGGGCGGAAAAGCACUUGGUGACUACUUGCACGGGCUGGGCUUGAAAUUUGGCCUGUACUCAGGCGCUGGAUACCUCCAGUGCGGCUCGACGGAUAUUCCGGGUUCCCUUGGUUAUGAGGACGUAGAUGCUCAGUCGUUUAGUUCGUGGGGUGGCGAUUCAUUGAAAUACGAUAAUUGCUAUGCGACAUCGAAGACCAUCAUGGUCGACUCUGACUCAGCAGAAGCGAAGUCGCCUACGCGUUUCCAGAAGAUGGCCACGAGUCUAGAGGCAGUAGAUCGAUCGUUCCAGUACUUCAUAUGCCAGUGGGGCAUCGGAGAGAAUGUGGGAAAUUGGGCAUCGAAGAUUGGUAAUACAUGGCGUAUGAGCAACGAUAUAUAUAACGCAUGGCGUUCCAUAUGGCGCAUUACGAACCAGGUAGUGCCUUAUUGGAGAGAUACCAGGCAAGGUGCUUUCCCUGACAUGGACAUGUUGCUUGUCGGUUUGAAUGUGCUCUCCGCCGAAGAAGAGCGCUUCCAUUUUGGCAUGUGGGCGAUCAACAAAUCACCUUUAAUGCUCGGCGGUAUUCUUGACAGUAAGCUGUCGAAAACAUCGCUCGCCAUCAUCUCCAACAAAGAAGUCAUCGCCAUCAACCAAGACUCCCUCGGGAAACAGGCACAGCUCGUACGCCGCUACACUGUAGAAGAAUGGGACAUCUGGUCCGGUGAGCUCUCUGUUUCGCGAAAGGUCAUUGGUAUCGCGAACUGGAGGAACCAGUCUCAGACUGUUGUCGUAGAUCUUGCGAGUCUAGGAGUCUCAUCCGCCAUAGUGCGCGAUGUGUGGGCCGCUAAGGAUGUCGGCUCGCUCUCCGGAACGCAGAGCGUCAAUCUUGCAGCACACGAGCUGAAGCUGUGGGUUCUUUCCAACGUCACUACCGCUAGUACGCCCUCUUCUACAUACUACCAAGCAGCGUCAGCAACAUUGGCUGGGGGGACCUCAGUCACCACAUGCCCUUCCGGCAAGUGCCUUCCUGCUGGCAAGAAAGUGGGUAACAUCGGAUCGGGAGCCACUGUCACUUUCAAUUCUGUCGCCGCUAAGAAGACAAAGUUGCUCGUAGGCGUGGACUUCAUCAACUACGACUAUGCUUUCACGACAGCUUGGGACUGGGGUUCUAACACCAGGAAUAUGACCGUCGCAGUUAACGGUGGCUCGCCCAAGAGGUGGGCAUUCCCUCUGUCGGGAGAAGACUGGUAUGAGACUGGUCGGCUUAAUGUUGAGGUUGAUGGGCUCAAGGUUGGUUCGUCGAAUCAGAUUGUGUUUGCUAAUGUUGAUACUGCGUGGGCGCCGGACCUAGUCGGUAUCGAAGUCUUCGGGUAA